UUAACAAAAACUUUAUAUGUAGUGGUACAAAAAUAAACUUCUUUAAAAAACUUUUUCUAGUUUCAUUCGCAUAUUAACAUAAGGUGUAGUAAAACGUGAUUACGAGUAUAAGGGAAUACCAAUAAUCGAGUAGUGAUUUAAAUAUAAUUCACAAUAAUUUCGUUUAACCAAUAAAUAUUCAAAGCAAUAUUAUCUAUAAUGAAUGAUAAUAAUUUAAUACGCGACGAUUAUUUAAAUAGUGUAUUGGAAAAAAUUGCAAUUAAAUCUGAACUAGAAUCAUGGAACUAUGAAAAACAGUUUUUUCAAGAUGUUGCACAAAAUUAUUUUGGCGUAAUUAUUCCAAUUAAAUUAAAUGGAAAAAAGGAGGGACAAGAAAUAUCUUUAAAUCUGGUACUCAAAUUAGCUCCAACGGAUGAAAGGUAUCGAGUAAGUGGAGCAGUAACCAGUUUCUUUCAGAGAGAAAUAUUUAUAUAUUCUGAUAUCUUGCCUGCCUACAGGAAGAUCCGAAAUGAUAUUACUACAUUAUCAGACUUUAUUGUACCAGAAUGUUAUUACAUAAAAAACGAUUAUUGUGAAGAAGUUAUAGCAAUGCAAAAUAUGUGUGCAAAUGGGUUCAUACCUUUUGUAAAUGAAUCUAUACUAGAUAUUGAACAUUUGAUGAUAUCAAUAAAAUGUUUGGCAAAUUUUCAUGCUCUUUCUUUUAUAUUAAAGAAGCAAGAAAAUCAUUUAUUUAAUAUUGCCCAAAGCACCUGUGUUCCUUUAUCUAAUAAUGCAAAUGAACGGUUUAUCACUAUAUUACUAGACAGAUUAACUAAAGCUUUAAAAGUAUUCUCAAAUACUCAAUAUGUACCUGCGUUACAAAGAUUAGAAAAGGAUUGUGAUAAAUUUGUAGAAUUAUGUUAUAAGUCUGUCAAUGCAUUAGUACUAUGUCAUGGAGAUAUUUGGAAAGAAAAUUUACUCUUUAAAUAUGAGCAUGACAAACCAGUAUCUGUGUGUAUGAUUGAUUACCAAACUACAAGAAUAUCAAGCCCAGCUUAUGAUGUUUUAUAUCUUAUUAUAUCCAGUUCAGCUCAAGACCUACGUAGACAAUAUUAUAAUCAACUUCUGGACACAUAUUAUCAGACAUUGAGUGAAAACAUGUUGGAAGCUAAAAUGCCUAUAAAUACUAUAUAUUCAAGGCAAAUGUUUGAUGCUGAUUUAAUUACAGUUGCACCAGCUUGUCUUGUUAUAGCCAAUACAGCAAUUUGGCUGUCUAGUGGAUGCCAACAAGAAGGACAUGUUAAAAGUAAAAUUGUUUUAGAAACUGAAGAAGACAUACAAAAAGCAAUAUGUUCAUAUAAAAAUCGAAUGACUGCCAUUUUAGAUGACCUUAUCAGCUAUGGAUAUUUAAAUAAUGUUUUGGAAUAAUUUAUGUUAUGUUAAAAUUGAAAGAAAUUAUAUGUACAGCCAAAACUAUUGCAGAAGUUAGGGUAUAAUAAUUGUACAAUUUUAUUAUACUAUUUGUUAAUCUUUGUUAUAUAAACUUCUAUUUUUAUAAAUAUGAUGGAGUGAAACCUUAUGUUAAAAAAAGAUGGAAA